AUGGCAAAUACAACUGAAAGUCAUCCUAAUAAAACAAUUGCUGUUGUUGGCGGUGGACUCGGUGGUGCUUUAUGUGCUUGCUUUUUUGCUAAACAUGGCAUUAAUGUUCAUUUAUUUGAAUUACGACCAGAUAUUCGUAAUCAAAAAGUAGUUAAAGGACGCAGCAUUAAUAUGGCAUUAUCUCGUCGAGGUCGUGAUGCUCUUGCUUAUAUCAAUUGCGAAGAUGUUAUUGUUCGAAAUGGUAUACCCAUGCGUGCACGUAUGUUACAUGAUCUUAAGUGUCAUACUGCAGCUGUACCUUAUGGUACUAAACCAGAACAUGAAAUAAUAUCGAUUGAUCGUCGUAUUCUCAAUGAACUUCUACUAGAUGAAGCAUGCAAAUAUCCUGAGAUAAAAAUUCAUUUUCAACAUAAAUUUGUCAGUUGGAAUCCUGAAAACAAAAUCGCAACAUUUCAAAAUAAAUCCGGUGAAAAUGUUGAUUUUGAAGUCGAUGCUCUUAUCGGCUAUGAUGGAUGCCAUUCGGCUGUUCGUGCGGCAAUGAUGAAAACUGAUUCGGUCAAUUUUUCUCAAGAAUUUGUUGAAUCUCAUUAUAUGGAAUUUUGUAUACCUCCGAAGAAUGGUGAAUUUGUUAUGGAAAAAAAUUAUCUUCACAUAUGGCCACGUCAUGACUUUAUGCUAAUUGCUUUACCAAACCAAGAUAAAUCUUUUACAACAACAUUGUUUUUACCAUUGAAUAUUUUUCAAACAUUAACAACAACUGAUGAACUUUUAGCGUUUUUCCAAAAAUAUUUUCCCGAUGCUAUUUCAUUCAUUGGACAAGAAGAUUUGAUUGAAACAUUUUUUUCAUCAAAACCAUUACCACUGGUCUCCAUUAAAUGUUCACCACAUGUUUCAACAAAUGGAGAUAUUUUAUUAAUGGGCGAUGCUGCUCAUUCAAUGGUACCGUUUUAUGCACAAGGAAUGAAUUCAGCAUUUGAAGAUGCAUUAGUUUUAUUUGAUAAAUUAAAACAAAAUAAUUUUCAGUUUUCAACAGCAUUCUUUGAUUACAAUAAAACUCGGAUACAUGAUGUUCAUGCAAUUGUUGAUUUAUCAAUGUAUAACUAUCGUGAAAUGAGUCAUUUGGUGACUCAAACUUCAUUUUAUUGGCGUAAGAAAGUCGACAAUUGUUUAUAUCGAUUAAUACCUAACUGGUGGGUACCAUUAUAUACAAUGGUAACAUUUACAAGAAUCCCGUAUAAACAGUGUUUAGCAUUACGCCAACGACAAGAUCAAGUAUUAAAACUAUUUCGUUUAACAGGUUAUUCUGUUGCUGGAUUAUAUUUAUUACAAAAACUUGCAACUUUUGUGAUAAAACCAUUAGCUAAGACGCCCAUUGUGCAAAACAUUCUACCAAGAUUUGCAGCUACCAAAUGA